CUAAUUUAUUUUAAUUUAUAUAGUAAAUUCGAGGAAGCAAUGGAACUGAUAGCCACGCAUGGCGGUAGCGUGUCCGUUCUUUCAGUGGCCAGACUUUACAUUAACCAUUUACUGACACUGAAACAGUAUGAGGACGCCGCAAAACUUUGCCUGCAGAUGCUGGGCAAUAACAAAAUCCUUUGGGAAGAAGAAGUUUUCAAGUUUGUGAAGUGUCAGCAGUUACGAUCCGUCAGCGCCUAUUUGCCGACAUCCGACGAUUGCAAACUCGAUGCCCAUGUGUACGAGAUGGUUUUGUACGAGUUUCUAAAAUUCGAUGUGAACGGCUUUCUGAAUCUUAUCAAAGAGUGGCCAUCUCAUCUUUAUGACGGACUAGCAGUAAUAAACGCAAUUCACGAUAACUUUCGCAAGCAGCAUGCCAAACAGAUGCUCGAAUCCCUCGCCCUUUUCUAUUCUUAUCAGGGUGAUUACGAAAGCGCCCUCCGCAUGUAUCUAAAGUUGCAGAACAAGGACGUCUUUAAAUUAAUAAAACGUUAUCAGCUUUACGAUGUUAUUUCAAAAUUAAUCAUUCCACUCAUUCAAUUGGACCGUGAACGUGCAUUUGAAAUAUUAUUAGACAAGGACAAGAUCAAAUCAGAAUUGGUUGUUCAUCAGCUGGAACACAGUAAAGAGUACCUGUACUGGUAUCUGGACUCUUUGAUAAAAGUGGACUCCAGAAAUAUGUUUCAAAAUAAGCUUGUGUCCUUGUAUGCAAAGUAUGAUAGGAAGAAACUUUUGCCAUUUCUUAGGCGUUCAAAGGACUAUGUCAUUCAGGAUGCAUUAGCCAUUUGUAAACGGGAAGGAUUCUAUCCGGAGAUGGUCUACUUGCUAGGGUGCAUGGGCGAGGAAUCGGCCGAAGCCCUAAAUAUCAUUAUUCAUAGCAUGAAUGACAUAGAAAUGGCGAUAGACUUCUGCAAGGAACAUGAUGACAAUGAUCUAUGGAAUCUGCUCAUUAAUGAAUCUGCCAAGCAACCCGAGACUGUAUCCAAAGUACUGGACGGUAUAGUAGACUAUGUAAAUCCUGAGGUAGUCGUUAGUAGGAUUAGAACAGGUCAGAUUAUUCCAAACCUGCGGAAAUCUCUCAUAAAAAUGCUUUGGCACUACAGUAUACAGGAGGAAAUAUCCUUCGCCGCCCAACAAAUUCAGCUGGAGGACUACUUUGAUACCCAUUCGGAGGUAGUGGCUCUACAGCGACGUGGACAGCAAGUAUCCUGCGAACAACUAUGCUUACUGUGCUAUCGUCCAGUACUAAUGAAAAAUAGUGGGUUCAAUUGCAUAAUCGGAUUUAAAUGCGGUCAUAUCUACCAUGAGCCCUGCAUAGAAGCUGUCAUUUCCGAUAGACACUGCAGUGAGUGUAGAAUGAGGUCUGUUGAUCCAACUGAGAAGGAAUAGGUUUUUAGCGACAUCCACACUGUUGGCUGUUUCUUUGUUGGUUUGUCUAUGUUGUAAUUGACUUUAACGUUCUUAAUAAAUAUCCACCCUAAUAUAAAUCAACAAUAAAGCGCAUAUCUCAAAAAACAAGUGAAGUAUAAGUCAUAAUAUACAAAAAGAUCAAUUUUUUA